GUCUUUUCCGAAAGAAUCAUAAAUGAACCUCAAUGAAUCAUGUAUAUAAAAUUCCCCAACACAGAUAUUGGGUGUCACUAUCGUCUUAAACGCAACUAUCUUAAAGUUGAUAUUGACGUCCACUUACAUUAUAUGCUAGCCACAUUAUUACUGCUUCUCUUCUACCUCAUUUGAUGCGCAUCUUGUACUAGUACUUUCAUUUUGCUAUUAUAAAUAAGCUUCUGGUUUUUACAAUUGAACCCGGAGAAACAUUGAACUUGUUAUUGUUGUACUCCAUUAUGUCUAGUGCUAGUGAGAUUAGGCUGUUAUGUUUGGUUUUCUUCUUAGUAUUUUCAUCAUUUUCGUUAGCUUCUAAUGUUACUUAUGAUCAUCGCUCUUUGAUUAUCGAUGGACAAAGAAAAUUGUUCCUCUCUGCAUCUAUACAUUACCCUCGCAGUGUACCAGCUAUGUGGCCAGGACUAAUUAAGACGGCCAAAGAAGGAGGGAUUAAUGUGAUCGACACGUAUGUGUUUUGGAAUGGGCAUGAACUUUCUCCUGGAAAUUAUUAUUUCGAUAAGCGAUAUGAUCUGGUGAAGUUUGCAAAGAUUGUGCAACAAGAAGGAAUGUAUUUGAUUCUGAGGAUUGGUCCAUUUGUUGCUGCUGAAUGGAAUUUUGGGGGUAUACCUGUUUGGCUCCAUUAUGUGCCUGGAACUGUCUUUAGAACUGAUAACGAACCCUUUAAGAUGGGGAGCACAGGAAGUGGCCAAAAAAGUCGUGAUAGAGCUCUGUGGAACGGGCGACAACUGAGUCGACCCAACUUCUCUGUUUCAAUCAAUUUCGGCCUCCAAUUUCUUCUGCAUGUUCAUAAUUCAUAAAUUUUUCAUCACAACCCGAUUAAUUUGUAAUCACAGUCUAGCAAACUAAACAGUUUGUGCCUCAAUCAAGACUCUUCCAUUGAAAUAAUAGUCAAACAGAACUAGAUAUUCUAGGUAAUGUUUUCCACACAUAACUUGGUGUAUAUAUACAACAAUAUAUAGAGAUUUACAUACCCAAAAUAGGGUCAAUUUACAA